AUGGGUCGCGUCACCGUAUUCGCCUCCGCCGGGUGUUCGCACUGCGCCAGGGCGAAGGCGUUCCUCGACGCGCGUGGGGUCCCGUACGCGGUCAUCGACCUCACGACGCGUCCCGCGCGACUCGCGGACCAGCGCGCGCUGACGGGAUCCUCCUCGGUGCCCCAGGUGCUCUUCAACCGCGAGGUGGUGGGCGGCGCCGACGACCUGGAGGCGCUGGAGGCGGAGCUCGGACCGGACGGGUUCCUGGAAAGGGUGCGAGAAGCGCUCGCCGCGCCGGACCCGACGACGCCGCGACUCGCGCUCGACGCCGACGACCCCGUCGCGACGCCCACGCCCAGCCGCCCGCCGAUGCCCCGCCACGACGACGACGACGACGACGACGACGACGAGCCCAUCGUCGCCACGCUGAACGGCGUCCGCUUCGGGUUCGUGGCGAUGAUACGCGAGCUUCGAUCGAUCGUGCGCGUCGGAGACAGCGCGCCCAGAGGGUUGAUGCGCGUCGUCCAAAGGCGGUGCUUCACCGGCGCCGAUCUCGUCACCGCGCUGCUCCGCAAGCACCCCAGCGACUUGGGCAGGGAAGCCGCCGCCGCGUUCGCGCAGCGGCUGUGCGACGCGCAGGUCGUCCGCGAGGUCGGCGGUUCGAACCCCGCGCACGCGUUCAAAAUUCGUUUCCGCGACGAACGACGCGCGCUCUACAGGCUCCAGCCGGAUAAUCACCCGGGCUGGUUGAACCCGUGGAGACUGGCUUGGAUCAACCGACGCGACGACGCUCUCGCUCGCGACGACCCGGCACAGCUGUGCGCCGCGCUCAGGGCGGAGUUUACGUCGCUGUGCGACGCACACGCCGACGUUGCGAAUCCGGGUGCCGUGCGCUACGACGCCGUGAGAGCUACGCCCGACUUUGAACGUCUGCGGGUGAGCGCGUGCGCUUUGCGGCAAGUUCGUCUCGACGCUUUGGGUCGCAAGACUCGCCUCGCGUUCUUGAUCAACGCGUACAACCUAACUGUGGGUCUCGCGAUCGCCGCGUUCGGCGCGCCGAGGACCAGGGCCCAACGGCGAACCUUCUUUCACGACGUCCAGCUGUGCGUCGGCGGCGACGCGUACUCGCUGAGCGACAUCGAGCACGGUUUGCUGCGGGGGAACAGACGCGAGCCGUACCGUCUGUUCCGGCCGUUCGCCGCGUCCGACCCGAGGGUUCGGUUCGCGACGGUUCGAAUUCCGGGCGGUGACUCACCGGGCGGUGACUCACCGGGCGGUGACUCACCGGUUGACGCGCGGAUCCACUUCGCGCUCAACUGCGGCGCUAAGUCGUGUCCGCCGGUGUCUUCGUACACCUCGGCGGACGUCGAGUCGGAGCUGGAGGCGGCGGCGGAGGCGUUCGUGGAGGGUUCGACGUUCGUGGACGUGCCCACGCGGACGGUGACGACGUCCGCGAUCUUUCGGUGGUACGCUCGCGACUUUGGGGGAACCGACGAGGAGGUUCUGGGACGGAUUCGCGGUUGGAUGCCGGUGGGGCGCCCGGAGAGGUCGGCGUUGGAGGGGAUGCUGGCGGACGGGCGGGGCGGCGUGCGCUUGGCGUACGCGUCGUACGAUUGGACGACGAACGCGAGCGACUCGACGAGCGAUUACGACGCGACCGCGACGCGUUCGGAGUACAGCUGGCUGCUCGGCGGGUGA